AAAGAUCAAGUUCGCUGCUGUCCAGAAGCCUAAACGCUGUCCAAUACCUCGAGGGGUUAAACUUCAUGUUUCUUUGCGUAAAAACAUACGUACACUAUAGGACUCAUUUAAUGUAAGUGGUUGAUGUUGCUCACUUUCGCUGAGGGGGAUUUCGUUUACUGGCCGUAUACUGGCAACCCCUGCAUGUCAUCAGGGGCUGGUCCCGCUCCGCGUUGGUCGGGAAACACGGAGGCUGAGUUUUUUCCCCUGACAUGUUUAGGAGAGCUGCCAGUGAUAGAGAGACAGCGCAACGGGGAAGGGAGAAGCUACCACCGGACUGCUGACUCUCCGCACUGCUCCGGACAGGACAGGACUCCCAUUUCAUUGCCGCGUCUGCUUCGGAUUUUAGGAACUAACGCAACUUAUUUUGUUUAUAUGCGACUGGUGCCGUUGUCACUUUGUGUGGAGUUUUCGAUUAAGAUAGGAAGUUUAACGUGUUGAAGGACGACUCCACGUAUUUAUGCGUGUGUUCCAGCUGACUCGGGGAAAGGGACGGAGUGCACGUUUCAGGCUGGUUUGUGCGAGUUUCCCCGCUUUCUUUCUGUUCUUGUAGCCUAUCUGGGAAGCUUUUCCAAUGUCCCUUCACAGAUAUUUAACAAAUGCCACGUAAAUUGCAUGAAAUGGGGAUGUUCUUCACUUGAAAACUUUAUCUCUGGAUAUAUUGGAAUGAACACCUGAGGUAUGUUGCCAAACGCCAUAUGAUUAGACAUUGGAUAUAAGCUUGCCCUUAAAAUAUCUCUGGAUUGCAUAGUGAUUGCACAGUUAUAAUUUUGUAAUUGAGUGUCUUUGAGGGCUAAAAUGAAGGCAGACUCUGGGGACAUGGACAUGCUGUAAAGCACACAUCCUUUUUGGACCACUUCGCUGCCUUUCGGACUGCAACUUUUUUCCUCAAAGGCACCCUACAAAGGACGCACAAGCCUAUGCCAUUACGGUUGCGUUUUCUUUUGCUACCGGAGUAAAGUUGACCGACAAAAAGCACCAAUAAUGAGACGAGUGCUGAUUUUGGAAGCUUUCGCUCUUGUUCUCCUGCUCACAUGGCUUGGCAGCGCAUCCGAGACGAGCUCACCCAACCGUCCGGCGAACAUCAAGCGGCUCGCUGCUUUGAGACGCGCCAGACUAAACAGAGCGCGGCUGCAUCCCGGAGCGAUGACGCGCAGCGCCACUGGCGCUGUGCCUCACUCCGCCGACCCCGCCGACGGACCCUCCGAGGCCAGAGCGCGCUAUGAAGUCAUGCAGAAGGACGAGAGCACCAGCGCACCCAACCAAGCAGCCGCCCCGCGGAGGGUCAUGGCGCGCCGGAGACCCCUGCAAGGCGGCAACCCCUCAGCCGGCCACGCCGCGCCACACGCUGAGACCCCUGUAGUGGGGCACACCAUGGUUCAGGAUGAGGGCACCCCUGGAUCACGGGCCAGAAUCUCCCGCAUGCCCAGCAGCGCCGGCUCCCCCAACCUCCUUGCCACCUUCGCGGGCAAGAACCGUCUGCUGGUGAUCUCUGCUCCGCACGACUCGGACGGCUACUACCGCCUGAUGAUGAGUCUGCUGAAGGACGACGUUUAUUGCGAGCUGGCGGAGCGCCAUGUGCACCAGAUCGUCAUGUUCCACCAGGAAGGGGAGCAGGGCGGCAAAGUGCGGCGCAUCACCAACGAGGGCAAGGUCAUGGAGGAGCCCCUGGAUGUCACUCUUAUCCCGCGCCUCAUGAGCUUCCUCAAGCUGGAGAAGGGCAAGUUUGGCAUGGUGCUGCUGAAGAAGACGCUGCAGGUGGAGGAGCGCUACCCGUACCCCGUCAGGUUGGAGGCCAUGUACGAGGUGAUCGACCAGGCGCCCAUGAGGAAGAUGGAGAAGAUCCGCCAGAAGGGCUUCGUGCAGAAGUGCAAAGGGGCCGGCGUGGAGGGCCAGGUGGAGGAGGGGGCGGGCGGUGGUGGCAGCUUCGUGGUGGACCAGGCUCCACCGCCUCAGCCACCCGUAGAGAGGAAACCGGAGAGGAAGCCGGAGGUGGUGCCACGUAAGCCUUUCAGGAGGCCCACGCAGACCAGCACGACAUCCACUCGGGCCCCUACAACCACCACCACCACCAGACCCCCCACCACCACAACCAAAGCCACCACAACAACCACCACAACAACCCGAGCCCCAACCACCACCACUAAGGCCACCACCACAACCACCAAGGCCACCACCACCACAACACGUGCUACAACCACCACCACACACGCCACCACCACCAGGGCUACCGCGAGGACCACGGCAGACCCGUACCACUACAACAACAACCGCAGAGGCGGCGGCCGGCACCACACCAAGACCACCACCUCCCAGCCCACCACGCCUUACGAGUACUACACCAAGGCUUACACCAGCAAGUACGGCGACAAUCGCACAGACAGGAAGGACUAUGGCCGCAAGCACAACGCCGGCGUGACGCCGACGCAGCACAAGCCCACCAAGCCAACCAAGAGGAAGAACGGAGGAGGAGGAGGGGGAGGAGGUGGCGGGAAGGUGAUCGUCAACGGUUACGAGGACAAGUACGACGUGGGCAGGCCCACCGAGACGGACCUGGAGGAGCAGGAAGUGGAGGUGGUGCCCACCAAGAGGAGCCGCGUCAAGCAGGAUAAGAACGACAAGCGCAAGAAGAAGGUCGACAAGCUGGCCAAGAAGGACAAGUCAGAGAGGCGCUCCAAGGGACACAAGAAGAACGGGAAGAAGAAUGGGAAAGACGAGUACCAGAAGCCCACCAAGCGGCCCAAGGGGAUGCUCGAGACCUUCCUGGACUACUUCGAGAACAGAAGACGACUCAUUGUGAUCACGGCUCCGACGGAGGGAAACAAGAUGUACGUGCAGCAGAGGGACGAGUAUCUGGAGCACGUGUGUGAGAUGGCCAUCCGCAAGGUGUCAAUCAUCACCAUCUUUGGCACCCUGUCCAAUAGCAGCAUGAAGAUUGACCACUACCAGCUGGAGAAUGACCGGGCCAUGACGGGUUUGCGUCAGGAGGAUCUGGUGAACCAGGAGCUGAUCUCGGAGCUCAGGAGGGAGUUCAGCAUGACCUACAACGACUUCCACAUGGUACUCACUGACUUCGACAUGAGAGUCAAGCAAUUCUACGAGGUCCCCAUUGCCAUGAAGGCGGUGUUUGACUACUUGGACACGUUCGCCUCGAGGAUUCGAGAGAUGGAGCAGCAGAAGAGAGAUGGCGUGGUCUGCAAGAAGGAGGACAAGCCCAGAUCAUUAGAGAACUUCCUGUCAAGGUUCCGCUGGAGGAGGAGGCUGUUCGUCAUCUCGGCUCCUAAUGACGAGGAAUGGGCUUACCAGCAGCAGAUCUAUGCACUGGGCAGCCAGGCCUGCAAUCUGGGGCUGAGACACAUCUCCGUCCUGAAGCUGGUGGGCACUGAGCCCACAGACAUGGGAGGAGUCCUGGACCUGUACCCCAUCAAUGGCUCUGCCACGGUGGAUCGCGAGGGCCUGUCGGCCACGCUGGUGCGCGACAUCCGCAACUACUUCCAGAUCAGCCCUGAGUACUUCUCCAUGCUGCUGGUGGGCAAGGACGGCAACGUCAAGUCCUGGUACCCCUCGCCCAUGUGGUCCAUGGCCAUCAUCUACGACCUCAUCGACUCCAUGCAGCUGCGGCGGCAGGAGAUGGCCAUCCAGCAGUCGCUGGGCAUGCGCUGCCCCGAGGACGAGUACGGCGGCUACGGCUACCAUCACCAUGGAUACCAUGAUGGCUAUCAUCACCAGGACGGUUAUCAUGGGUAUUAGCCGGAAUGGG